AUGCUCGUCUCCAACCUCCAGAGCACCAUUGCGGCCAUCAUGGUCGGCUUCAUGGCGACCUCUGCCCUUGCCGUGCCCUCCGGCGACCUCUUCGAGCGGAUGGAACUCGUCGAGCGCUGGCAGCGCUGCUGCCUCCGCACCGACUGCCCCGGAGGCUGUUCCAACUGCCACUUCUGCUAA